CAGCAGCCGCCACCAAUAAAGGUGUCAUCAUCAACGACUCCAUCGUCAUCAACUCCUCUACAGCAGCAGCCACCAAUAAUGAUGGCAUCUUCUUCAACUCCACCAUUAUCACAGCAGUUGGCACCAAUAAAGGCAUCAACUCCUCCAUCAUUGUCAUCAACUCCUCCACACUCAUCACAACAGUAG